CCUAAAAUAGCUCCCCUCGAUCUACCCCGCCAACACCAGCAUCGAGCCUCACAACUCCCCAAUCCCAUCCCCAGGAUUCACAAUUUGUCAUUCCACAGCACAUCAGUUCUCACCGGGCUCAAACUAGCCUCUCAGCCGUGCAUAAACAGUGCCGUUCUCGAGGCUGUCUCACUCGAAUCCAACCCCGCAUUCGUCAGUUCUAGAUCGUCAAUCUUGUUCUAAGCAUGUUUAAGCCAUGGGAUUUUGAAAUGGGGGAUUGGUGAGGAGCCCGAGGGUCCUCGGGUUGGCGGAGGAGCGGGGUGGUGGGGUAUAUAUAUUCUGCUUGGUUGUCUACUUUUGUGAGAUGGUGCAGCUCCAAUCUUCAGAGUAUACCGAAAGGACCACCAGAUCAUUUGAUUGACAGUAAACUCGACUCAAAAUGCCGGAAUAUAUCAAAUGGGACGCACCAGGUGUGGAAGUCAUCCAGCCAGGCGAAGCAGAGAAGAUCCAAGAAGUUUCCGAUCAAUUCAAGCGUUUUCAGAUGAUGAAUUUUAACGAACAUCAUCAUUGCUUGAGAGGCACGCAUUUGAAGACACAGGGGUGUGUCAUGGGCAAGUUCAAAGUAAAGGAUAACCUCCCACCGCAUCUCGCACAAGGCAUGUUCGCCAAAGGCGGAGAAUACGGCAUGAUAAUGCGGUACUCCUCCUUAACCCCCAAACUCGUCCCCGACAACAUCCCCGCCCCCCGCGGCAUCGGCAUCAAAGUCUUCGGAGUAGCCGGCGAAAAGAUCUGGGGCGAUGACAAACAAACCCAAGACUUCACAUUCAACAAUUACCCUGUUCUGGAACUGCGAGAUCCGAAGACGACAAAUGAGAUUGCGGAUAGUUUGGAGAGGAAUUGGAAUCAGUUGGAUAAGUUUGGAGAGGAGUUGGGGAAGAGGGAGGAUAAGGAGUUGGCGUGUUUGCCAGGGACGUUGCCGAGGCAGUGGAUGGUUGCUAUGCCGGAGUAUUCUCAGUCGGCGUACAGAUAUGGAGACUACGUCGCUAAAUUCGGCGUCUUCCCACUCGGUGAAGAACAGAAGAACAUCGAAAAGGAAACAAUAUCUGAAGAUGCACCUGUCAACGCUAUUUCACAACACACCCGCGAAUUCCACCUCAAGCACAAAGUAACCUACACCUUCUGCGCACAACUUCUUCAGAACCUAAAAGACCAACCCGUCGACGACAUCGGUAUCGAGUGGCCCACCGCCAAAUACCCCUUCGAAGAAAUCGCCACUCUCGAAUUCGAGCCCCAGGACUCCUGGCUGCCCGAAUUCCGCGUCUGGUGGGACGACCGCAUCACGCUUAACGGCUGGCAUGGUUUGAAAGCGCACCAGCCCCUAGGAAGCACGAAUAGAAUGAGGAGGGUGGUGUAUGCGGAGAGUAGGAAGUUGAGGUUGAGGGUUAAUGGAUGGAGGGAUUAUGUUGAGCCGGAGGGGAUUAAGGAUGUGCCUGCGCCGGUUGUUGUCCCGAGGUUGGAUGGGUUGAAGGUUUGACAAUGAGAGGGAUUCGAUCUGUUAUGAGAUGGGAUGUUUCAUUGUGUUAGUCUGUUAUGUCGUAUUACUCCUCAUGUUUUGUUUUGUUUGGUUUUGUUUCCUUUCGCUUGCCGAUGCACACUCCCCCAGCCCGCUGUAAAUAUAAUACACGAGAUACCGUUCACAAAUCCCUUGUCAAAACGUCCCCGCAUGUUCUCGCAAGUAAAUACCAACUACAGAGGCUCUUCCGGAGAUAGCGUGAUCUCGCAUGCAUGUAAGAUGUGGCUUACAUCCACUCAACAUCCACAUACAGUAUCUCCCUGCUCGGGCUCCCCUCCCCUGCGCCAGAUACUGUAUCGAGCUGGCAUGGGGGCGGUAAUAGCCCGCCAACCAACCAACCAACCAACCAGCAGAACCUUCGGGCAGGCUGCCUCUAAACAGAAAGUGGGACAAACAUUAAAUUGUGAAGACAAAACCAACACUGCUCGACACCCCCAAGUUCUAUUUAUCCAGAAAUGAACAGUCUCUCCAACCCCAGCUUUAUCCAAUGACCACCCCGAAAACCAAACCCUUGCGGGAAGGCAGCAGGGCAGGAGGGCACCAAUCCAUGAAUCUCCAACCCCUGCCCUGCCCUGCCCAGUAUCCCAAAAGAAUAAUCCGACCCGGACUUGCAGGUUAAAGUGGUGCUAAAUGCAUACCUCGUACUGUACACAUCCCCUGACUUAAAUGCGGCUCGGCCCAGCUCGAUCAAAGGCGGGGGCGGGUCUGCAAAGAGAGCUUACCUUACAGUAAGGUACGGUACCUACCUUAUCCCCUCAACUGCCGAGAACACACCGCUCGCUCCAACGUAAUGAGGCCUAGGGUUCCUCCAGCCUGGACUAGGUAGCUAGGGUACAUACAUACCUUACAAUUGGAACACAGCAUACCUUAGGUAGAAAGAAAUUCCAGCAGCCCCCAGCGUUCUUCGCUUGAUUGCCUACAGGGUCUUGAUACCUACCUAGGCUAUAUACUCCUUGUAAAAGUGUGUUCCAUUCGGUGUUGAAGGGGGCAUACCUUAAGUAGAAGUACUCAGCCUAGGUAGG